AUGUUGGAGCAGCGCAAAUUCCGUCGCCGAUUCCCCGGCCGUCAGAUACCGACUGCGCAAACACUGCGUCUUUGGACACGAACAUUGAAAAGUAUUCGACCACAAGAGCCGUUGCCAAGAGUGGCCGGCUCUAUAGCGUCCGUUCUGUUGGGAAUAUCGCCGCUGUGCCCGAAGAAUGCGAGCAAUCGCUGGAAACACCGAUCAGACGCUGAAAAACACGCAAUAAACCAUGAACUAGUCGUCCCGAAGGUAAAUAUUGGUCAAAAACCUGCGCAUGUCCCCAUACAAAGUUGA